UGCUUAGUCUGGCAUAGAAAUGAAGAAAAAUUCCAGUGUGAAUCUCGAUCAACUUCUAGAAAAUUAUUCUCAGAUAGAAAAGAAGUUUGCUGAAAUAAAUGGAAAGAAUAUCCUUCUUGAAGCAGAACUCGAGAAAUCAAACAGAAUGUGGAAACUCAGCUGUGCUAAAGAAACAGCCUAUAAAGAAGAUUGUGAAGUAUUACAGAAUGUCAUUAAAGGGCUACAGGAAGCGGUUGAAAAACAGUGCAGUGUUAGAGAUGAAAAUUUCAGCCUGAAGAAAAGCAUGAAAAUGUUAGAAGAAAAACUACAGGCGGCUGACGAGGAUUAUAAGAACAAAGUUGUUAUCUUAAAAACUGAGCUCAGAACCAAAGAAGAAGAAUGCGGUGCACAGAUCCAAAAGAUCCACUGUGAAUUGUCUGCAAAAUCAAAGCUAAAAGAAGAAGAAGCCAACAAUUUACUCCUGAAAAAAGACAUGGAGAUUGCAGCGUUAAAACAACAGCUACAGAAAAGGGAAAAGAAAAUGCAGAGCGAGCUAAUAAAGCAGCAAAUAGAGUUUGCUGCCAAAUUGACAAAAAUCCAAAAUAAAAAUUCCCUUUUUCAUCCAGACUCUGGCACAUUAUCAAAGAAUAUCUACAGAACGAAACUCCAGCAUUUGCAAGAGGAGAAAAACAAAGUAAUUGAAUCCCUGCGGAGCAAAAUCAAGGAUUUGGAGCAACAAACCAGCAGUGGAAGUGAUUCUCGCUUGAAGCGACGUCGGCUUUAAAGUCAGAUGCAACAAAGCAAGUAAAAGCGAUACUGACGUUCAGGGGCGUAACUAUAGAGGAAGCAGACCCUGCGCCUGCAGGGGGGCCCAGGAGGUAUAGGGGCCCCACGAGGC